UUUGAUAAGAUAAAAGAACAUACACGUAACUACAAUCAAAAGAGUAAAACAAUAUAUAAAGCAUGAGUUGUGAUUGUAAAUUAUUCACUUGAUCGGCACCUGUCAGAAAUUAGCUUUUAAAUUAUUAUUUUAAAUUAUUAUCUAUCUAAAUAAAUACAAAAUGGACUCAAGUAAAUACAACGAAAUAAGUCUCAGUGAUUUUAAGUGGACGAAUGAGCCUAAAAAUUGGAAAAUUGUCAAUCAAAGUCUUGAAGUGACGACUGACGACAAAUCUGAUUACUGGCAAGGACCUCUAGGUAACCGGGACCAUACUACAGGACAUCUGUAUGGAAUUGAACUCAAAGACGACUUUCAUUUUGAGGACCUUGCGGAACCUAAUGUCUACAGCCAUUUGUCGCCUGUUUUCUUCCUUUUUAACCAAUUCUCUAAAAAGGAGGAGGUUUGUGUAGAAGCAGAUUUCUCCCACCUCUACGACCAAGCAGGUCUAAUGAUAUACUUCGAUGACAAACAUUGGCUGAAGGCUGGCAUCGAGUACAUGCAUGGCGGGCAGCCGAUGAUUGGCAGCGUCCUAACUAAUGAGCGGUCGGAUUGGGGCACAGGCGUGUUUACUGGCAAUCCGCGCAAGUUCUACCUGCGAAUGUCAAGGAAGGGCGACGUGGCGUGUGUGAAGUACUCGACAGACAACGAGCUGUGGACGCUGCUCCGACUGUGCCCGCUGCCGCUGUGUGCGCGCGGCCCGUGUGUCGUGGGACCCAUGUGCUGCACGCCCACCAGACAAGGGCUGCACGUAACUUUCAGUAACAUCUCCAUUACUGUCCCCGGCGACGAUAUAUUGCAUUCGAAUUGACUUGAUUAAUUUAAGAAAUAUAUUUUAAUCAAUAUUCAUAUAGGUACUAUAUUCGAUAAUUAAUUAUUUAAAUAAAUGUAAGGCGUAAAUCUUUCGUUAUUAACUGUGUAUUUUCUAUUAAACUAGCUUCUGCCCGCUACUUCGUAUGCGCAAUCCCGUUUUCUCUCGUUUCCAUAAGAUUAUCAAGAUUUUUUUCUAUAAUUCUAUCAUAAGAACCUCCUCCUGACAAUAACAAAGAGAACAAAAAAUUAAUCAGCGAAAUCAGUCCAGCCAUUCUCAAGUUAUGGCGUGACAACGGGAAACGAGUUUCAUUUUUAUAUAUAUAGAUAGAUUAAAGAAGAGAAUGUCCAAAAUAUGCAUGCAAAACACGAAAAGAAUAAAAAGGAAUAAAACAAAAAUCUUAUAAAAUAUUGAUAUUUAUUUCAACGGUAUACAAUCCGUGAUAAUUCUCACAUUAUCUACAAUAUUCCUAACUAAGGAAUGUACGGACAUAACACAAGUAACACAACAGUUUUUAUAUUAUUAUUUCAACGUUGUAUUGCGAUCAACACAAAAAUAUCCUGGCCCAAAGUUGCCCAGUAAAAACACAGUAUUUUUUAUUAUCUUCCAUCACAUAUCGGGUAUACACUUAAAAGUACCAAUUACAAUUAUUAUUAUCAUCUUUGAAAGAAUCGACAGACCCUUUAAACAACUCAAUGUACUAAAACCUAACCUAAAUUAACAACUAAAAAUGCUUUUUUACACUAAACUAAACGAUUUUCAUUUGUAUCAUUAUUAUAAAAUAGAGUAAAAACAAAACGUGCACAAAAGAAAAAAAGAAACUCCCGCCAAAACAAGAUGGCUGCUUCGCAACUGUCAAACUAUCAAAUGACUUUUCAAAACAAAUUCUCGUAUUUUGAGAUCGAAUUUGAUCAUUCUGCGCCAUAAUCUUAAAAAUAGGCCAACAGCGUAGCGCAGAAAUUCUCACUAUGGAGUUUAAUUUAAACAUUAAAAUUAAUAUUAAAAUAAUUACAUGGCGAAACUAAAUCUAUAUCACAUUUCAUUCAUUACAAUCGAACGUACAAGCUGUUUGGAAGAUGUUGAUUCAAUAUUUAUAUAGAAAUAUAAGAUAAAAAAGUGCCAACGAAAGAGAGUAGGCAGAAGGUAGGUAAAGGCGAAAGAAAGUGUUUUGUUUUCCCAAAGAUGAAAACGAGAUGAGAAAUAAAAUAAAGAUGAUAUAGGUCAGAAGUUCAUCAACGUAGAUUUUGAUCAAACGAACGAACUAAAUUGGCAUGAUGAUAUAAUAGUCCGUAAGUUAGGUAAAGAAAAAAUAUUAAACACGUAUUUUUUUAUUUUGUCGUUUAAUAACACAAUACUUAGAUAAAACGAAUCAAAGUUUAGGAGUGGGGGCUAAAACGUCAUUUCUACGUAUAAAAUGUAGGUACAUAGAAGUGACGUCACGCGACAUUUCAAAUCAAUAUAUCGUCGAAAGUAUUCGUUUCUGUAAGAAAAUAAAAAAUACGUGUCUAAUGAUUUAAAUUAAUCAACAGAAGUAGGACAUUAAAAUACAAAUUAGGCAUCUACCCUAUUGUAAGAAAUUCAGCAGUGGACGGAAGCAGACAGAUGAUGAAUAAAUCAAAUCAACAUCUACCAACAGUAAACAAAUAAUACAACGCAACAGUAGCUCAUAUUAAACACAUAAAUAAUUACGACUUAUAACAUUUUGUAUACAAGUAACAUUACUACACACAAUUCUCAGGUAAGGCCUUCCUGAUGCCAUGACCAAUGAGGUCGAACCACAGAAUAAAAAUAAAUCUAUGGUAUAUUUAGCAUAGAUCUAUGAAGUAUUUAAAACAGAUAACAUUUAAUAAAUACACAGAUCUUUAUCAACAUAAAUUUAUAAUGGUUUUUAAAUAUUAAAGAAGUAUUUUAAUAUUUAUAGACAUUUAUUUUCUAUUUGUUUUGUACACGAGAUAUUUCUGAAGUAGACCUAUGUGCCUAUGGAUAAUAAUUAUGUUCACAACAAUUUAUUUUCAAUAUUUUUUCAUCUCACACUAUCUUCUGCCAGCGGUUUCGCCCGCGUUUCUUAGGGAUACAAAGUAGCCUAUGUGUUAUUCCAGACCAUACAGACCAUGAUCUAUCCUUGUUCCAAAUUUCAUCUCGAUCCCUGCAGCCAUUUUGACGUGAAAGAGUUACAAACAAACAAACAAACAAACAAACACACACACACACACACAGACAUGCAUCUUCACAAACUUUCGCAUUCAUAAUAUUAGUAGGAUAUAACAUGAUACACAUAAAGUGUAUAAUAUUUUUAAUCUGUUCCCUAAAAACAAUUACAUUUAGAAUAAUGAUGAACGAUAUUUUCAAUUAACUGUGAAAACUGGACGAUUGGUAACUGAAUCACACAUAUAAAGAGCGUGUGAUACUAAAAAAAUGGUUUUUUUUUCAUGUCCUUAUCAAUAAAGAGCCCGGUAAAUUUUCACCGAAAAUAAUUGAAAAUAUCAUCAUCAAUUACCUAAAAAUUCAACAGAAAAAGGCGCAUAUACCUGUAUCAAUCAACAUUAUAAAUUCUUUUGAGGUUAUAAAAACCAUAGACUAUAUACAUCUAAAUGUAGCGUUAAGCCUACUUAUAAAAAUAGUACGCUGUCAUUGGCUAACGGCCAUUAUCGCGUGAUAUUUCUGCAUUCUGAUUGGCGGUUAACAAUGUUACCAUAAUAAUAAUAUAACAUAGUUUGAUUGGUAGCUUAGCUGGGUUGUGGUUCGGGGUCCACGGGUUCGGUUUUUAUUGACACUUGCAUCGGCGGCGUCGUGGGUAAGGCGGGUGCAAUUUUUGACCUCUCCAAGUUGUAAAUCU